AUGGAGGCUGGGAUGCUGAGUGCCAUCCUGGGCAUCGUCAUGGUGCAGGGGGGCACAGCCAUACAGGACCUGGAUCUGCAGAAGAUUGUAGGAUUCUGGCGGGAAGUUGGUGUGGCCUCCAGCCAAAACCUGGCACUGAAGACCCCAAAGAGGCUGGAAGCCUUGUUCCUGACCUUGAAUGGACAUGAGCUGAUUGUGAAGGCUGCAUAUAACAGCUCAGGAAGUUGUGAGACAGAAAAAAUAGUGAGCUCAGAAAUAGAUGUUUCGGGGACAUUCGUUUUUCCUGGCCACAGGGAGAUCCACGUGAUAGACACGGACUAUGAACAGUUUGCCAUUUUGAGGCUGUCCCUCCACUGGCAAGGCAAGGACUACCAUGUGCUCAAGUAUUUCACUCGGAGCCUGGAGGACGAGUAUGGGCCAGGCUUCUGGAGAUUCCGGGAGAUGACAGCAGACAUGGGGCUUUACCUGGUGGCCCGGCAUGGGAGAUGCGCCAAGCUCCUGAAGGAGGUGAGCCUUGCCCUGGGCUGCGCUGAGUCCCCCAAGCUGAGUCUUCCGACCUGA